AUGGAGUCACGGUCACAUCUCAGCUUGGCCGAGCUCAACGCCGCCGCCCUCGACCACUUCGUCUACCAACCCGUCAGCAAGUCCAUGAUCUCGUACUUGGCCGGUGCCGCCUACAAUGUCAUCUCAUGCGACAGUGCUCUGAUGCCUCCCGCUUCCGCAGAAGCCCAACGUCAACAGCAGCUUCCCCCGACGCCACCCAGGACACCCGAGCCCCGCGCCGUUCGCACCGAAGACGCCGACUUGCCUACCCUCGAGGCCUUCAUCACACAACUCGUUGUUUCCUCCAACGUCCAGGUCCCUACUCUGAUGUCUACCCUGGUCUACCUUACCAGGCUCAAGUCCCGCCUUCAGCCCAUGGCCCGCGGUCUGCGAUGCACAACACACCGCAUCUUCCUUGCCGCCCUCAUCCUUACCGCCAAGUACCUCAACGACAGCUCACCCAAGAACAAGCACUGGGCCACCUACAGCCACGUCAACAAUGACUUCUCCAACUUUGGCUUCAGCAGAACGGAAGUCAACCUGAUGGAGAAGCAGCUUCUCUUCCUCCUCGACUGGGAGCUCAGGAUCUCCGAGGAGGACCUCUACCGCGAGCUUGACCCCUUCCUGGCUCCCAUCCGCGCCGAGAUUGAGGCCAAGCACGCUCGCCGCAUUGCCCGCCGCCGCAAGCAAGAGGAGGAGAUGCGCCGCAGACACGAGGAGAUGAUGUACAACACCUACCCCAGCCCCCCAUCAUCGCGUGCGAGCUCCCGCUCCCGCCUGGAAUCACCCGACCACGCCCGCACCUACAGCGGAUCUUCCAUCACCCCUCCCGGUUUGUGCUACAGCAGCAGCUAUGGCAGCUCCGUCAGCUCCUACGCUCCUUCAGUGGCAUCGAGCCGGUCUCAAUCGCGUGCCACCACGCCUCUCGACAACCCCGCCGACGAGCCGUACAUGUACGUUCCCAACGGUAGCUUGUACGAGUCGCCAGUGGAGGUACACAUUGAACAGCCUGCAUCAACGCUUCCGAAGCGCAAGCCUCUUUUGCCCUACGAAAUCAGCACCGAGGAGCUCCGCGACAUGCAGGAUGGCACAAAGGCCAAGCGAGCCCGCAUGGGCCGCGGGAUGUGGGGCCGCGUCUUCGGCGGCGCUGUGACUGUGCGGUAA